AUGAUGUAUGAUGGAACUGGUAAUGCAGACUCCACAGAUUUCAGAUGUAUUUGUUAUUAUGGAGAUUCCUAUCUAGAAUUUCGGAAUGUGUUGUUAAGUCCACAAAGUAACGUAUCACUAGAAUUUCAUACCUUCAACUCCUAUGGACUCCUGCUCUAUAUCAAGGAAGACUUAAAUUCAGUUGAUGAGUUUUUUAUUCAAUUAUUUAUUGAAAAUGGUACUUUAAAGUACCACUUUUUCUGUGCUGGUGAAGCAAAAUUGAAAAGCAUUAACACUACCAUUAAAGUGUUUGAUGGACAAAAGUAUACACUGUUUAUCAGGCAAGAAUUUGAUCCAUGUAGAGCUGAACUGACUAUUUUAGGAAGGACUAUGAAAACAAGUGAAUCUAUCAAUCACAUAUCUGGAAAACCCUUGCCAGAAUCAGGAUCUGUCUUUAUUGGUGGUUUUCCAUAUCUUCGUGAAACAAACCAGAUUUCUGGGCCAUUGGAGAAUUUUACUGGCUGCAUAGAAGUUAUGGAAAUCAAUAACUGGGAAUCUUUCAUCCCAUCCAAGGCAGUGAAAAAAAAUCACGUUGAAAAUUGCAGAUCCCAGGAUUCCACUCUGUCUACAGUGUCUUCUGUUGCUCCUUCUAGUGCAACAGAAGGGGUUGACUCCAUGUGGACCUCCCUCGGCACCCCUCCUGUAGCGCCACCCGUGUGCCAGGAGGACCUGUGUUACAAUGGAGGCACUUGUCAUCCUGUCUCCCUCUCCAGCGGUACCUUCUCAUUCCACUGUGACUGUCCGCUACAUUUUACUGGCCGUUUCUGUGAACAAGGGAACCGAUAG